UACCUUCGAUGACGUUCAGUCGCAGUUGAGACACUUUCCGGACCGGUAACGAAACUGAAAAUCAUCCAGACUUUGGUGCUCUCGGAACAACCCUUCCUGUCGUCAUCGUCGUCGUCGUCGUUCGCUUGAUUGAUAUCCUUGUGGCCGUAGGAAAGGAUAACAGUUGGACGGUUCUCGCAUACAGACAAAUGCGCGUGGCUUGUAGCCGACAACGCUUUGGGAUUUACAAUGGGAAGUGGAAAAUGAUGUCGAUGGGUGGUCGUUGUAGUUGCUGUAGUCGUCGACAGUGUAGUUGCCCAAAGGCGGAGUAUACAUUACCUGGAUAGUACGUUGGCUGCCCAGACGUCAAGGUGAUAUAGUUCUGUUCCCAUUGGAUGUAUGAGGUGGAGUGAAUCAAGUGCCCAAUUUCAAUCGAGGAUUAAUACAGUUAUCAAAAGAAAGGAGUGAAACAUAUUGUGGAAUCUGGGUGAUGUUGUUUUGUAAACGAAGAGUUCCGCGAAUCGACGAGAAGGUGGCACAUGGCGCGGAAAUUCAUCGAAUUUCAUUAUAUAAUGCCGUUAUCCUUGGUGGUCUGAACGAUCUGAACAGAGAGUGUAACAUUGGCGGGCGUCUGUGUGCGAUUGUGACGAGGAGGAAGAGGUGUGAUGGCAACCGAUGAACUCGGUACGUGACUUCGCAGUAACUGGAACGAAUACGCAAACCCGUAGGAUCCCGAACAGAACACAACAGAUGUGAGUGAACCGAAAAGGAUCCAACCUUUGGAGUACGGCAAGCUGGAUUGUUCGGCUGAGUGUUGUGACGACCGUCGCUGACGACGCUAGUAGAAAAAGGAAGUAGCCUUCCAAAGUGUGACAUAAAAACGUAGAUAGGAAAAAGUAGUGUCUGUGUGUGCCUGGAAUUUGGGAUGACGGAUUAAAAAUAGCUCAAGUCCAGCUUUUGUGACGCGCUAUCAAGUUGUGGAUACGGUAUGCGAAUAAUGAAUAGAGGCAACGUAAUAGAAGUUUGCUGAUUGGAUUUCGAAUUAAAAGUGCAGAGUAUACGAGUUUCGGGUCGCGAGUGAUGACGAAAAGGAAUGCCUUUGUCGGAAGAACGAAAUAACGUUGCGUGAUUGCCACUUUUUGAAGAGGGUGGGAAGUGUUCUGUAACAUUAUCUUUUGGAGCGUGGGAGGCACAUCGGGUGUGAAGAAUAAUUGCAAUCGAUAAAGCCAACUGACGGCAAACUUUGCGUGGUCGCGGCGUCGUGUGUGAGUGUGUAUGUGCGUAUGUGUAUCUCGGGACGAAUCGAGUGUAUUAUGAUGGUAGAAAAAUUGCCGACUACAGCACAAGAAAAGGCGUCAAUAACCCAUCGAUCCUGGAUUGAAUAUCAUGCUCACAGAGCAUCACCAGCAAGAACAGCCGAAACACGAAGGAGGAGCCGCAUCUACAGUAACGCUUCGGAAGGUUUUAGUCAAGCACAGCCAGAAACUCACCAGGAAUUGGUUCUGUUCAUCGCAAGAUAAUUUGGGCGCUUCCGAAUAUCGCAAGGAUCGGAGGGUACAUGGACUACAGUUACCGUUGCAUCCUCUUCAGAUAGUCGGUUGGUUUGCGUUGAUACUCUUCGGUUAUUCAACCUUUGGCUUACUCAUACCGGCCUUGAAUCCUUCGGUACAAGGACCGCUGUAUUAUUUGCUCGCAGCACUCUAUCUGCUCCAUCUGGUAUCUCAUCUGGCAGCACUGUUGCUCGAUCCAGCCGACGUAGAGCUUCGUCGCAAGAGUACUCGCACCGUUGUCCCCGAGUUCGACCGCAGUAAGCACUCGCACGUGAUUGAGAACGGACGUUGCCAUCUGUGCAACAUCAAAACCACUAGCCAUCGGACGAAACACUGUAGUGUUUGUAACAAGUGCGUCGGAACGUUUGAUCACCAUUGCAAAUGGUUAAAUCACUGUGUCGGCGGUCGAAACUAUGCGGCAUUCCUUAUGUGCGUGGUGAGUGCUGUCAUCGCAGCGUUGGUCAUUCUGGCCGCAGCUGUAGUGGAAAUUGUCCUUUACCAUGUGCAACCGGAUUGGCUUAACUUGGAAUGGUUUGGCUUCGCGAAUGACACCUCUACUACCGGACCUGCCAUCGUUAACUCUGCUACAGAUCAAACGGAUUCCGACCUCAACAACGAUACUCUUGCUAACACUACGCUACCCACAUUGUUGGAUAACAUCACCAGUUCUGCACAGGAUUUGCUACUGAACCAAACUUUCUUCAACGAUACGAUAGUGGACAAUGUCACCGAAUCAUCAGACGCGACAAGCGACAAACCUAGUUCAACCGGGAUCAGCGUCAACAAUACCAUAUUCCUGGUAUGCAUCGGAUUCCUGGGAAUCUUGGCCGCGAUAGCAGCAGGCCUUCUCAUCCAUCUAUGCUUUUUUCACGUUUACAUCUCGUUCCUCGGUCUCACCACCUACGAGUACAUACGCAACAAUCGUCAGAAUGUGAUGACCAAUCUGCCAACAAUCGCACAGAACGCACGACACCUCGCAAAUGGUCCUUCAACUACCACAUCUACCAUAGGCACGACGUCCAAGUUGAGCACUCUGACCAACUGUACCAAAACCAAUCACCUACCCGAGGUUUACGUCUGUUCUUCGGUCAAUCCCUCGGUCCUACCGGUAUCGGGCACUCUGAAUGACUUGAACCGUCAACGACCUCGUACCUUGCAUUGCUGUGAUAACUCGAAAGAAUGUACCAACAACAUCACCUCGGCAGGCCUGCGGAACCUGGACGCGGUCUCGCUUGCAACGACUGCAACCAGUGCAUCAACUGCAACCCACCAGAAGGCAGCAUUCUACAUGUGUUCAAUGCUGGAAGAACGAAAUGUGGCCGCCGUCAAAGGCCAUCCCCGUGAAAAAUGUGAAUCUCGAACAUUUCAUUGCUGUUCUCAGUUUCGUCAAACAGUCAACGGAGAUGAUUUUGAGACUACCACCACUGCGGAGUCUUACGUCCAGUACAGCGAACAAUGCACGUUUUGUAGCUUUAAGGUUAAGCCUUCUGCUGGAGGCGCUUUGGAGAAAAGCGAGCAGCUAGCGGCUACACUUCAGGAGAAACGAUGUUGCGUCAAAUCUCUCACCAAGCACCACCGAUGGAAAAGGAAAUGGAACUGUUGUUCAAACGUUCCGGACAGUCCGGACGUUCCGGGAGAUCCGUUGCGAUCGAUUUCUGCUACAGUACAGCAGCAUGGGACUGCGCCAUACCCGGAAAUAACCAACGUAGUCGAACAUAAUCACUUUCAGCGACAACAGCAACUGAAUCCCUAUGAACUGACAAAUAAUGAAAAUCGUGCCAAUAACAAUAGGAAUAAUAACUGUGUUAGCAACAAUAACUGUAGCACUAGUACCGGUAGUAGUAACAGUAGCGGAAACGGACUCUACGAUAACAAUAAUCUAUUGGCGGUGGGCGAGCACAAUGCGAUCAACAACAACUACACCAGUGUGAGUUCAACGAGCAAUGGUAACAACAAUCGCAUUCUGAACGAUGCCAACGGAAACGAUAUAACCCUGAUGCCCGUCAGCGUUUCCCCAGUACCGAAGCGUCCACGGGCUAGACUUGUCCGACCUUGGCCGGUAGUUCGCCUGAGGCACAUGAUUAGAAUGAUUGAUCGCUACCGUCGACCUCGUUGCCGGCCUGGCAUCAAUCCAGCAUCAACCACCUCCACCAACGUUAAACAGAACCAGGUACGCCCGCUUUCGUCAACCGAAUGCACCGCCGUGGUAGCCGCAGGAAUAUCCGCCUGUGGACCUGGAUCGCCAUCCGUCCAACAUCAUCAAGGCUCGUCGGUUCUGCCUACGACCACCAUCCGGACCGAAGCACCUCCGACGAUGCCCGCUCUGCCGCCUCCGGCAAGACGUAAGCUCAAAAAUACCACCGACGACCUGCAAGAGCUGGCCGAUACGCUCAUCUUUGUUCAGCAGCAACAACAACAACAACAACAGCAGCAGCAACAGCCGCAACCAACAACGAUUCGCAUUCCGGUCCAUCCACCAACGUCGGCUUCGUACCGACGGAACCGCCGUAAGAACUUAAUACGUAAUCGCAGCCCUACGCUGUCGCCAAUCCACGAAUCCGGCCUGUCGAACCCAACUUCGCCGCAGCCCUGUCGGCACUCGUGCUCCGCUGGCAUAGCGUCUCUGGCUUCUCCUGUGGUCAACAUGUGCGCUAGUGGAAGUGGCACUGCUGCCGGUGCUUCAUCCUCUGUAGAUAGAUCAUCCUAGAAAAGUUCGUGUGUACGUGUUUUCGUCGUUUCCCACUGUACUUUCCUGAGCGUGGACUCUCAGCUCUGCUCAGCUCAGCUAGACUCAUCAAGUCUAGAAACUAACUAACGUGCUCUCUCUAAAUUACAAAUUCUUCGCGACAACUCUUUCUCCUUAUGACUUCAUAUAUCACACAAAUGUUAAACUAAUUGAAUUGUUACUGUACGAUAUUGUAGCUAAGAAAAUAAUUAAACCAAAUGUGAGAUCAGUAUUUGUGAAACAACGAAAUUGAAAUUUCUAAACAAAAUAAUAAUACAAAAAAAAACGCAAAACUUUAGUGUGAAGAAAGAGAGAGAUUUUUUGGAGAAACGAUUUUUUUAUGUGGAGAACCUCCCAUUUAGAGAAGUAAUACCUUCGAAGAUUGUUGACGAAGUGAACAAACGACGAUAUCUAAAUUAGUGUUAAUCAAGGCGAACGUGAUUUGUGACACACGCAAACUGUCUCGGCAAAUUUGCGUUCGAGAUGUAGAACUGUAGUAGUACUUGGAAGCGGAUAUUGGUGCAUCACACAACAGUGAAAGAUUAUCUAUUAUAUAUUUGUUUUAUAAACGCAGAGCAGAAAGGGGGAAGGUUUUAAAAGGAAGGCAACCAUAUAUAGAAAUAAAAUAUUUGUUUCUAGAAUGAGUAAAAAUACCGAA